AUGAGUUCACCGCAGUUUUCCCAGACCAAGAAUACGAUGAAAGCAGAAGACAGUACUAGUAACUUAAGGAAGCUCUGGCUCAAAAUCGAAAAGAUUCAAAAGGGUCUUUCACUCCUAACCACAAGAGGCCCUCCUGAUCAUCUUUGCAGUGGCUGUGAUGAAACACUGAAGGUAGCAGCAGUUGUACCAGAAGAUGUUAAGGAAGGAUAUUUUGCAGUGUUUGCAGUGGUGGGUAAGGAGACAACGAGGUUUGUGACUAAGCUAGCCUCCUUAAAUGACCCUGCAUUCAUGAACUUGCUAGAGCAGGCUCAGGACGAGUAUGGGUUUCAACAGAAAGGUGCCCUUGAAGUUUAUUGCAGGCCUGAGGAAUUGCAUUCUAUCCUCGAAAACUGCAGGAUGGAGCAGAGUGGAUAUGGUGCGGCAAAUGAUGAUAAUAUUCUCAUCACUACCCUAGAGGGAUACAAGCUAGCUUAG